AAUAGUCUGCUAGAAUUUCUGACAUUGGAAAAAGUAGGGUUAGGAUUAACAACAGUUUUUAUUUACAUUAUUACAGAAAAUUGUGCAAAAGAAAUUAUUAAUAAAUCUGAAUUUUAAAAAGCUUUCUCGAUAAUAUAAUUUAAUUGUGAAUAAAAUGGAUCACUAUAGUUCUCAAUUGAUGGAAGACAUUGUACUUGAGGGAAAAAAUUCUGCUCCAGUUAAAACGUUUGUUAAACCAAAAAUAAAAACUUCAACUGCGUCAAAUGGCUCAGGGACCAAUAAUCCAAAACCACCAAGAAAACUUAAAGUUGAAUUAUCAACUUUGAGAAUUUCCGAAGAUUCAGAAAAAUUACUUUAUGAAACUCUCAAACAAGUCUGUGGAGAGGAUUUCAAACUUUUAGAUUCUUCGGAAUUUCAAAAUAAAAGUUCAAAUCUUGGAAGACAAUAUUGGUUAGAAAGAGGAAAUUUAGUGAUAAAAGGUGUUAUGGAUUUUUCAUCAAAGGAUUCAGCACCAAAAUCUCAAGAUGAAAUUAUUCGACAAUUUGCCACAUCCACUCUUGAAUCUUAUAGCUUUCAUAAUUCCCAUUGUGUUGAGGCUUUGUCAUUUUCUAAUGGAAAUGUAGGCAAGGCAUUAGAAAUUCUUUUCUGUAAAUAUUUUCAAGUAAAGAAAAUCGAGGCAAUUGAAUUAGAUAAUCAUAUAGAAGAAAGUGAUAUUUUACAAAGACAAAAUGAAGAAAAAGAGGCCUUGGAAUCAAUUUAUGGUGAUAUGUUUGUUGAGAAGAUAAAAAAUCAAAUUUGGGUUAUUAAAUUGAAAUUAGAUUAUUUAUUAAACAAAAAAGUGGAUAAUAAAUCAGUUAAACCAAAACCGACAGAAAAAGAAAUUUGUCGAUUAUUUUUACAUGGAAAAUGUCGAUUUGGAGGAAAAUGUAAAUUUUUACAUCAAAAACCACAGAAUGAUAGAGAUGUGAAAAAUAAAAAAUCAGAGGACGAUCCUUAUUUUUUAUUAGAAAUUCGAUUUCCAGAAGGUUCUAAAUAUCCAUAUGAAGCGCCGUAUUUUUAUUUUUCAAAAAGUGAAUAUUCUUUUUGUAAAUUAAAAAGUUUAAGAAUAAUGAAAAGAUUGUAUGAUGAAGCUUUGCAGCAUUGUGAAAAUGGUACACCAUCGAUAUUCGCAAUAACAACAUUAUUGGAAAAUGAAUUUGAAAUUAAAUCAUAUUUAGACGAAUGUAAAGAACAAUUUCUCGAUAAAGAUGAUAAAUUAUUUCCAAAAUUAAAGAAGGACAGUGAUAAUAAUGGACCAUCACAUCAUGUAAAAGGAGUUAUGGAUAAAAGAAAUAAAUCAAAUAUUUCGUGGGAUCAAAUUGUUAAAAUGGACGAUGAAAUAAGACGAAAGUUUUUCCAAAAACAACGAAAUUCACAAUAUUUAAAAAUGAAAGAUCAACGAAGAAAAUUGCCCGCUUGGUCAAUGAUGGACAAGGUUCUUGAUACUAUUCAUGAGAAUCAAGUUACUAUUAUUUCCGGCGAAACGGGUUGUGGUAAAAGUACACAGGUUCCGCAAUUUAUUCUCGAUGAUUGGAUAUUGAAUAGAACGGAGGGUAAUGAUGAUCACGUUGAAAUUAUUUGUACACAGCCAAGAAGAAUAAGUGCAAUUGGAGUUGCGGAAAGAGUAGCUGCCGAAAGAGAUGAACGUGUUGGUCAAACUGUUGGUUAUCAAAUUCGAUUAGAAAGCAAAAUGUCUAGUAAUACAAGACUGACUUUUUGUACAACUGGAAUUUUAUUACAAAGAUUAUCGGGAGAUCCAAAAUUAUCGUCUGUAACACAUAUCAUUGUUGAUGAAGUUCACGAAAGAAGUGCCGAGAGUGAUUUUCUAUUAAUGCUUUUGCGAGAACUUUUAAAAAAUCGUCGAGAUUUGAAAAUAAUAUUAAUGAGCGCUACACUCAAGGCAGAUGAAUUUUCCACCUACUUUGGUAUUGUUCCCGUUCUCGAUAUUCCCGGUAGGACAUUUCCUGUGGAGCAAAUUUUUCUCGAAGAAUUAUUUGAAAAAAUUAAUUAUGUUUUUGAAGAAAAUUCCAAAUAUAGUCGACGAAUUCGAGGCGAUUGGAAACAAUUGCAAAUUGAUUUGGAAACAAUGGAUAUUGAAUCGAAUGCAUUAUGUGAACCAAAAGAUCAUAUACCGGAUCAUAAUCUUACACUUCCACAGAUUGUUGGUCGUUAUCCUGGUUAUAAUUUGCCAAUUUAUAAAGCUCUCUAUCUAAUGGAUCCGGAUAAAAUAAAUUAUGAAUUACUCGAGCAAACGUUAGAAUGGAUCGUUGAUGGUGUUCACGAUUAUCCUCAAAGUGGAUCAAUUGUUGUCUUCCUACCUGGAUUUGCUGAAAUUCUCACGGUGAAAGAUUGCCUGAGGGAUAGUAAAAUUUUUUCAGCGAAAAAAGGAAGAUUUUUAAUAGUUCCAUUGCAUUCAUCAUUAUCGAGCGAGGAACAGUCAUUGGUUUUUAGAAAACCUAACGAUGGUGUUAGAAAAAUUGUUUUGAGUACAAAUAUUGCUGAAACUUCAGUAACAAUAGACGAUUGUGUUUUUGUAAUUGAUACUGGCAAAAUGAAAGAGACAAGAUUUAAUUCCAAUCAGAAUAUGGAGAGUUUGGAAACUUGUUGGGUUUCAAAAGCAAAUGCUCUUCAACGAAAAGGACGUGCUGGUCGUGUUAUGCCUGGUGUUUGUUUUCAUCUUUAUACAAGUCAUAGGUUCACUCACCAAUUCAGUGCGCAGCCAAUUCCUGAGAUUUUAAGGAUACCUUUAGAGCCGUUAUUGUUACGAAUUGAAAUCAUGCAUAACGGAGGGAAAGUUGAUUUUCAAAAAAUUUUAGGACAAAUGAUUGAAUCACCGUCGAGGGAAAGUAUAAAUGCAGCAACAAAAAGAUUACAAGAUGUUGGUGCAUUUGAUUCAGAAUUAAUUUUAACACCAUUGGGUCAUCAUUUAGCAGCAUUACCAGUCGAUGUAAGAAUAGGAAAAUUAAUUCUCUUCGGAGCAAUUUUUUGCUGUUUAGAUUCAGCUCUGACAAUUGCGGCAUGUCUCUCGCACAAAAGUCCUUUUGUUUCAUCUUUCGAGAGAAAACACGAAUUAAACAUCAAGAAAAAAGAAUUCGCAGUCGCUAAUUCCGAUCAUUUAACAACACUUAAAGCUUAUAAGAAAUGGUUGGAAAUUUCAUAUCACAGUCCCCAGGCAAGUUAUAGUUUUGCGAAUGAAAAUUUUUUAUCAAUAAGAACACUACAAACGUUGGCUGAUAUAAAAUAUCAAUUUUUGGAAUUAUUAAUAUCAAUUGGUUUUGCGCCAAUUAUGAUAAAGAGACGACAAACUGGUGUCGAUAGAAUUUUAGAUAUGACGGGCAACGAUCUUAAUGCAAACAACGAAAAUUAUAAAUUACUUCAAGGCCUCUUGUGCGCUGCUCUUUAUCCAAAUGUCGUUAAAGUUUUUACACCAGAAAAAUCAUUUCAAAUGCAAUCAACUGGCGCAAUACCACGACAACCAAAACCUGAGGAAUUAAAAUUUCAAACAAAACAAGAUGGACUUGUCAAUGUACAUCCGUCGUCGAUUAAUUUUUCAGUGGGACAUUUUGCAAGUCCAUAUAUUGUCUUCCAGGAGAAAAUAAAAACAAGCAAAGUUUAUAUAAAAGAACUUUCAAUGGUACCAAUGUUGCCAUUAAUUUUAUUCUCAGGCUAUGGAAUUAGUGUUGAACAACAUGAUGGAAUUUUUGUCUUAUCACUAGAGGAUGGAUGGAUAAUGUUUAGAGUUGAUUCUGACAGGGUAGCACAAUUACUUCAAUAUGCAAGAAUUGAAUUAGUUAAAUUAUUAGAGUUAAAGAUGCAAGAUCCACUUUUAAAUCUUUUAAAUCAUCAGCAUGGAAAGAAAAUUAUAAAAGCAAUUGUAAAGAUAAUAUCAAGUAAUUAGAUUCAUUUUUUUGUUGUUGUAAUAUUUGUAAAAUUUAUUUUCCAACUACAUUGAAUAUGUGAUCAAUUGGAAAAAAUAGAUUGUUUAUUAAAUUAAA